AUGUUUCGUUUGCGUUUAGGGUUUUACCUUUGUGUUCAUGAGCUAAGGGAGAAAUCAAAAUCUGAUCUUUCGACUCAGUUGAAAGAUUUCAAGGCGGAACUAGCUCUUCUCCGUGUCGCCAAAGUCACUGGAGGUGCUCCCAACAAGCUCUCUAAGAUCAAGGUGGUGAGGAAAUCAAUCGCUCAGGUGUUGACAGUGAUCUCACAGAAGCAAAAGUCUGCUCUGAGAGAGGCGUACAAGAACAAGAAGCUUUUGCCACUUGAUCUGAGAGAGGCUUACAAGAACAAGAGGUUUUUGCCACUUGAUCUUCGUCCCAAGAAGACUAGAGCCAUCAGGAGGAGACUCACCAAGCAUCAGGCAUCGCUGAAGACAGAAAGGGAGAAGAAGAAAGAAAUGUACUUUCCAAUAAGAAAGUAUGCUAUUAAGGUCUAA